UUGAAAUGGGCUCCAGCUGCUGCCCUGUGCCAGGGGUUAAUCACCUUCUCCUCAGCCCUGCUCAGCACCGCCAGGGCCGUGGCAGGAGUACAGAGCUGGCUGCUGCGCCGGGGACCUGGCUCUGCUGUGUGUGAUAUUUAAACCCGGCUCUGUGCAGCAGCCUGUAGCAGAGCAAAGCUGAGCUCCGGCGGCAGAGCAGCCGCCAAGGAUCCAGCGCCGCGCGUGUGCGCCGUGUGGGGGGAGCAGGCAGGAGGUCGCUUGGCAGCACCGGCGCACGGGGUGGGAGACUGGAGGAGACUGAGCCGGCGGCUGGGAGAGGAGUGCGGGAAGCCAUGCCCGGCACUGGGGGCUCCUGGCGGCCGAGCGCUGCUGCUGCUGCAGCGGGGAGGCUGAGCUGCUCCUGAGGCGGAGGUGGUGCUGCAAGGGAAGGGGACAUGCAGAACUCAGCCGCCGGCUGCUGCGGCGCUUUCGCUGCCCGGAUCUGCAAGUAAAGAGGAAAUAGAAGACAUUAACCCACCUGUUUGGAGAGAACGCAAAAUCAGCACAAUAUGGCACAGCCUAGCAUUGUUCUUGGAUUAUUCAUAAUGACUGUUUUAUCAAUGCUGUAUGGAAGUUCAGCUUUCCUAUUAAAUCAGCGUCUGAAGGGAAGAUUUCAAAGGGACCGCAGAAACAUCCGUCCAAACAUCAUUCUCAUUCUUACUGAUGAUCAGGAUGUAGAACUUGGUUCUAUGCAAGUGAUGAAUAAGACGAGGCGGAUCAUGGAACAGGGAGGUGCUCACUUCAUCAAUGCCUUUGUGACAACCCCAAUGUGCUGCCCAUCCCGCUCCUCUAUUCUCACGGGAAAAUACGUUCACAACCACAACACCUACACUAACAAUGAGAACUGCUCCUCUCCAUCGUGGCAAGCUCAGCAUGAAAUACGCACAUUUGCAAUAUACCUGAAUAACACAGGAUACAGGACAGCUUUCUUUGGGAAGUACCUUAAUGAAUACAAUGGUUCCUAUGUGCCUCCUGGCUGGAAAGAAUGGGUUGGAUUACUUAAAAACUCUCGUUUUUACAACUACACACUCUGUAGAAAUGGCAUGAAGGAGAAGCAUGGAUUUGACUACUCUAGGGAUUAUCUGACUGACCUGAUCACCAAUGACAGUGUCAGCUUCUUCAGAAUCUCAAAGAAGAUGUAUCCCCAUAGGCCAGUUUUGAUGGUUCUCAGCCACGCUGCUCCUCAUGGUCCUGAAGAUUCAGCUCCUCAGUAUUCACAGCUCUUUCCCAACGCUUCACAACACAUCACUCCCAGUUAUAACUACGCUCCCAACCCAGACAAGCACUGGAUAAUGAGGUAUACUGGUCCCAUGAAACCUAUUCACAUGGAGUUCACCAACAUGCUACAGAGAAAGCGCUUACAGACACUCAUGUCUGUGGAUGACUCCAUGGAGAUGAUUUAUAAUACACUGGUUGAAACAGGUGAACUGGAUAAUACCUAUAUAAUAUAUACAGCAGACCAUGGCUAUCAUAUUGGGCAGUUUGGACUGGUGAAAGGGAAGUCCAUGCCUUAUGAGUUUGAUAUCCGAGUUCCUUUUUAUGUGCGAGGUCCAAAUGUGGAGGCUGGAUCCCUGAAUCCUCACAUUGUAUUGAACAUUGAUCUUGCUCCUACAAUUCUAGAUAUUGCAGGCUUGGACAUUCCACCUGACAUGGAUGGUAAAUCCAUUCUAAAACUGCUGGAUUCUGAGCGACCAGUUAAUAGGUUCCAUUUAAAAAAAAAGAUGAAAGUGUGGAGAGAUUCAUUCCUUGUGGAGAGAGGUAAAUUACUGCAUAAGAGAGAGAAUGAGAAGGUGGAUGCUCAGGAAGAAAACUUCCUGCCCAAAUACCAGCGUGUGAAAGACCUCUGCCAGCGAGCUGAGUAUCAAACCGCCUGCGAACAGCUUGGGCAGAAAUGGCAGUGUAUAGAAGAUGCCAGUGGGAAGCUCAAGCUGCACAAGUGCAAAGGAAUGGCUCACCUGGCAGCCGCGAGCAGCAGCAAGGGGCUCUCCAAUCUCAUGCCCAAGUAUUACAGCAGGAAAGGCGAGGACUGCAACUGUGAGGAAAAUGAAUAUAAGCUGAGCCCUAUUGGACAGAGAACGAAACUCUUCAAGAAACAGUACAAGCCAAGCUAUGUCCGGAAUCGCUCUGUUCGCUCUGUGUCCAUUGAGCUAGAUGGAGAGGUUUAUAAUUUGGGUUUAGAGGAUGGCUACCAACCUGUCUUACCAAGGAAUAUCACCAAAAGACACAAGGCAGAGGGGGAUGCUGCAGGAGAGGAGGAUAAGGACAUCGGAGAAUACAGUGGCACGGGCGGCAUUGCAGAGUAUACAGCCCCUAAUUUAAUCAAAGUGACUCACAGAUGCUAUAUUCUGGAGAAUGAUACUGUUCAGUGUGACACAGAUCUGUACAAGUCACUGCAGGCUUGGAAGGACCAUAAACUUCAUAUUGACCAUGAGAUUGAAACACUGCAAAAUAAAAUAAAAAACUUAAGGGAGGUCAGAGGUCAUCUAAAGAAGAAGCGACCAGAGGAGUGUGACUGUAACAAGAUAAGUUACCAUUCCAAACACAAGGGCAAACUCAGGCAAAAAGGGUCUAGUCUCCAUCCUUUCAAGAAAGUCCUGCAGGAAAAGGACAAAUUGUGGCUGCUUAGAGAACAGAGGCGAAAGAAGAAGCUGCGCAAACUGCUGAAGAGAAUAAAAAACAAUGAUACAUGCAGCAUGCCUGGCCUGACGUGCUUCACCCAUGACAACCAGCACUGGCAGACUGCCCCCUUGUGGACAUUGGGUCCUUUCUGUGCCUGUACCAGUGCCAAUAACAACACAUACUGGUGUAUGAGGACAAUCAAUGAGACACACAACUUCCUGUUUUGUGAAUUUGCUACUGGCUUCCUGGAGUAUUUUGAUCUCAAUACUGACCCAUAUCAGUUGAUUAAUGCAGUGAACACACUAGAUAGAGACAUUCUCAAUCAACUGCACAUCCAACUCAUGGAAUUAAGAAGCUGCAAAGGAUAUAAACAGUGCAACCCAAGAACUAGGAACAUGGAUCUGGGGCUUAAAGAUGGAAGCUAUGAGCAGUUCAGGCAGUUUCAGCGUCGAAGGUGGCCAGAAAUGAAGAGACCUUCAUCUUCCAAGUCGCUAGGACAACUUUGGGAAGGAUGGGAAGGCUAACCUCCUGCAACUGCUGGACCUCAAUGAGGAUACAAACCGGCCAGAGCUUGAAUCCUUGUACAGACUUAAUGAAAAUGUAUAUGAUUUCAGAAAAAAAUUUAAUGUUAGCCUGGAGGACUGGAUGAACUUUGAGGCUGAAGUAGAUAGAAUGUUUGCACUGCUGAGUGAAUUAAAUAGAUAGUGGAUUUGGGGGAAUUUCUGUCAGGAAUAUAGUUCCCUUUUUGAAGUCCGCUUUUACUUCAUGAAGUCACCACUGUUCAAGGAAUUGAUGGAAGAGAAAAUGAGGCUAACCCCAUGAGUGGAUUGACACUGCAGAUCAUCCACAAAAUUAUUUCAGUGGGAACAAAUUAAAAACCUUUUUUAGCUACACAAUCAAAUGUCAUUAGAACAGCUACAAAGCAACGUUUAAACAACGUGGAAAUUUUUACUUUUGACUAGGGCAAAUUAAAUGAGGACAGUGGUAGAAAAUUAUUAUUUAGAGAUUCAGGAAUUCAAGCCAGCAGCACUGAAGAAGUAGCAGCUGAAAAUGCUCAACAGCACAAUACUUCAAGUUUCCUCUAAGGAUAUCAUUUUAGUUCACUGCCUCCGUAGCCACCCUAUUGCCAGCUGUAGGAAAAAUAGAGAAAAUGUUGAACAACAAAAAAGCAAAUUGCUGGAGUGGUUCUGUAAAUAUUCAAUGUCUUGUUCAAAAGAAAUUGUCAAUAAAAAAAGUGGAAUGCCCAACUAUCAUUUCCUCAAAAUGGUACCUUGUUAAACAUUACAUAAUAAAUUUCAGUUAAUGUA